UCACUUGUCGGCGGGAGCUGCGCUGAGCAGAGCAGAGCGUCCCGAGCCAGAAGCGUGACUAGUGGAGGUGAUUCCGAAGGGGGAAAAGAGCCGUCGAGGCGCUGUUUCGGCUCGGAGGCGGACGAGGCGACCCUCGAGGAAGGCUCCAGGAGGAAGCUUCCCGGACCCCGACGGCGGCGCGGCUUUUCCCGCAAGCGAUGGCUGCCGCGAAGCCCCCCGAGGUGCCGGGUGUGGGUUUCCCGACGGCGAUGCCGGCCUUCGCGGCGGAGGAAGCCUUUCCGUCCCCACCCGCCCGCCCUUCGAGGCUGCCCCGGGGCAAGAAGCCGCGCCGGGCCCGGCAGUCGCGCUUCAAGACGCAACCGGUCACCUUCGACGAGAUCCAGGAGGUGGAGGAGGAGGGCGCCUCGCCGGCCGAGGAGGAGAAAGCCCGGCGCUCUUUCCUCCAGUCCCUCGAGUGCCUCCGGCGCAGCGCCCAGAACCUCAGCCUCCUCCACAAGGACAAGGCGCUCCGGCACGCCGAGGUCGGGACUCGCCUUCGAAACAGCCUCGACUCCAGCGACUCCGACUCGGCCCUCUAAACAAGACGGGCGGGCGCUGUCCGUCCUGGAGCGGGCGAAGGAGAAGAUCGGAAGGAAGGAAGAAAGGACGGCGCGCCCUGGGGAGAUGGACAUGAACACACAGGGGAUGAGCUUCUCCCUUUGGGCUUGGAGCCACGUUUGGGGUCUCCUUGGAAGCACAUCGAACUAAGCCAUCUGUGGACCCCUCUGCAGUCCACUGACCCUUCCAUGCAGUUCAGAGCUAGCUUCAAAGUCCAGGCAAUGAGAAAGAAGGCGCAGCUUUAGUUCAGGGCUGGAUCUACACUGCCAGAGAAUGUAUUGUAUGGGCAGCAGGCUUGGGCAAAACUUUGACCCUUUGGGUGUUUUGGACUCCAACU